AUGGGGGGUAAUAACGCGAUUCAAACAGGCGAAGAAGAUAAUUUGAUGAAAAAAGCUACUGGAACUAAUUUAGUAAAAAGACCAGAUGGGAAAGUCACAUGCCAAGAGAACUCCCACACCGAUCCAUCAGGAACUCUUCGAAUGAUGGGGAAAACUUGUGGAUCGUCGAGAAAACGACGGGAAACAGGAGAAAGAGUGAAAAGAUCCAAUCCAAUUCUGAGUGACAAACACAGAGACGUACUUUUCCUUGUUGACGAGAGCGGAAGCGUAAACAAGGACAAUUUUAAAAGAGAAAUGAAGAUGGCCAAAGCCUUAACUGAAAAACUCUGCGGAAGCAUCGCUGUUGGCAAACACACAACAAGAGUCGGCGUUAUGACAUUUGAUAAAGAGAAUCAUGUUCACCUCGGCUUCGAUGAACUUUUUGAGCGACACCAAGUUUUGAAUCAUAUGAAGGAUAUUACUUACAAUUCGAAAACAGCCGGACGGACAUGCUUAACAGACGCUCUGGAUUAUUCUUUAAAAAGCGUGAUCGUUCCUGGACGUGGGGCAAGGAAUAAAGUUCCAGGAACGGAGAGGGUCGUCGUACUUAUUACUGAUGGGUGCGCAAAUUGUAGAAACCAAAACUCGCUCCCGAAUGCUUUGAAUAAGAUGAGAAUUAAAUUUGAGAAGGAAAAGAUCCCGUUUAUCACGUUUUUCAUCGGAAGCAACACGAACUGUGUCAGAAUCAUGGCGGGACUCGCUGAUGGCUCCCGUUGCUACCAAGUUUUCAGAGCGAUGACCUGGCAAGAAUUUGACGCUAUGAUUGAACACAUUGAGAAAAGAGAUUGCAUGGACGGUUGGGAGAUCGGGCCUAGCUGCCCAGCUUAGCUUUUAGAUGCUUCUGUCGUUCCUUUUGCUUUUGAAUUAUGUCUUGCAACCUUGUAGCUUCAUAAUAAAUAAGAGAGAAAUACAGGGUGGUCGCUAAAAAAACAGAAAAUUUGUUGAACGGCUAUUUACAAAGAAUAACUUUUACAAGUUAAAGGCAUAUGUUAUAUUACACUCAUAGAUUCUCAAAACGUCGUUCAUGCACUUCAGAGCAGUGUCUUAACCUAAAAGUCCAAGUUCGUGUAGCGUUUUGAAUGUUAAUAUCGUAAAGUUAAUAUGUUAAUAUCUGUUUUUGUAGCGAAACCUGUAAUAUACGACUUUUAGAUUCUUUUUUGAUGUUGCUACGUUUGUUUCUCAGCGACUCAAAUUAACGAUAACGAUCAACAUAAAUUAGCCGUUCUUGUUUUAUUUUUUGUUCCAAGGAUUGUAAUCUUUAUCUUUGCAGUUGUAUCUUGUUGCUUCUAAAGAAUUAAACCAUGAUCUAAUGAAAUUUCAUAAAUAUUUCAUAAACAAGAUUAUUUCCUAUUUUUGAGGUAAUUUGCAGGGAAUGUGAUCUUUAAACAGAUGGGACGAAUAAGUAGAAAAGUUGAG